GUUAGAGUUCAUACAGCUAAUAAAGCUCAAGGAUGCGGAGGGCCCCCUGAUGCUUUGUGACCUCUGCUUGGCUCAGGUGUGCCGGAGCUUGUGCUCUCUGUGCAGCAUGCGAGCAGACGGCUCCAUGAGCCUCAUCUGGGCCCCAGUCUUCCCGCAGGAGACUGCUGACCAGCUUCUGAAUCACAUGGCAGCUAAAGAGAUACUGAAUGACACAACUGUUGGGAUUUUCCGAAACUGCAAAGAACUCCGUCUGCGCCGAGCCUCCAUUCGGAGCUGUCCACUGUCUGCAGAAGCUUUCCGCCUGGCUCUUUGCCCUCACCGGCUCCUGGAACUAGAUGCCUCCUGGGUCUCUGGUGGUCUUACUGGGGCUGACAUUGUCUCAGGCUUGGCCUCCAACCCAGAAUGCAGAUCCAGCCUGCAGAGGUUGUCCCUCAACGGUUUACGUCUGGACUGGGAGUCUUUAGAGGCAAAUGGUGGGAUCCAUGUUGGCUUCAGCUCCUUGCGGGGCCUUAGAAUGCUAAACCUUGCCAACACAGACCUAAAUGAUGCUGCCCUUGAGGAUAUCUGCACUCUCCCUCACCUGGAGACGCUGGAUAUUUCUUGCAGUGCUAUCUCUAAGCUCACUGCACUUCUUGAGUGCAAAAACACCCUGAGAUCCCUAAUUGCCCACAGGCAGCGGCACCUGGAUAUGUCCCCUGCCCGGCUGGUCUUUGUCUUUAGCCAGCUUCAUGCUCUCAAGCAUCUGGACUUUUCAGAGGACCACUUUUCUGUGGAUGACAGCGAUGGAAGAGAUGGAGAUGAGACAGUGCGGCAGCUUCUGGAAGGGAGUCCCCAGGUCCUCCCAUCACUAGUUUCUUUAGAUAUCUCUGGCAGGAAGAGAAUCAGUGAAGCUGCAAUCAGAAGCUUUGUGGAAUCCAGAAGUGGACUGGUCUUUUUGGGCCUGCUAGCCACUGGGGUUAGCUCCUGUGACUUCUUUUCUACACAGAAAAACCUAAAAGUAACAGGAGAGGCUGAUGAGAAGCAGGUGUGUGAGGCACUCAGAAGGUACAGAGACCGUGAGUGUUUCGUACGAGAGGCCCUUGUCCAUCUCUACAGCCUAACCACCGACACUGACAAACCACAGCCAGACGUGCUGAAGCUGGUGGUGUGUGGUAUGCAGAGGCACCCCACCUCCUUGCACAUCCACCUGGUCGCCACAGCGUGUGUGUUCAACCUGACCACUCAGGACUUGGCAGAGGCCAUGCCCAUCAGCUUGCUCAGCUCUACUGUCACCCAGCUAUUAAACACCAUGAAGAAUUUCCCCAACCACCAGCAGGUGCAAAAGAACUGUCUGCUGGCCCUCUGCAGUGACUACAUCCUCCAGGAGGUUCCUUUUGACAAGUAUUUGGCGGCAAUGCUGGUGAUUAACUGGCUGAGCAGCCACGAGGAUCCGACCCUGCAGAGGAUGGCUGUGGCUGUCAUCUCCAUUCUGGUGGCCAAGUUGUCCACAGAGGAGAUGGCACAAUUCAGCAAGGAUAUCUUUAUAAUGAAGCAGCUGCUGGCUAUUGUGCAGCAGAAAGCCAUGGUUGGAGUUGUCGACUCCACUCUGAAGUUUGCCCUGAGUGCUCUGUGGAACCUGACGGAUGAAAUGCCAGUAGCAGCGCGCAAUUUCAUUGAGUGCCGGGGCUUGGAGCUGUACGAGGAGGUUCUGGAGUCCUACUACACUGAACCUUCUAUUCAGCAGAAAGUUCUUGGCCUUCUGAACAACAUUGCUGAGGUGGAGGAGUUGCAGGCUGAUCUGAUGGAGGAGGACCUUUUGGAGCACAUUCUCAGUCUCUUGCAGGACUCUCAGGUGGAUGUGGGGGUUCGCUACUUUGCAGGGGGGAUACUGGCGCACCUUGCUUCCAGACCAGAUGCCUGGACCCUGGAAAAUGAGUUGCGCAGCACAGUACUGAAGCAGCUGCAUGAUUCCAUCAUGACGUGGACCCAUCUUGAGAGGGAGAUGGUAUCUUACAGGUCGUUCCAUCCGUUUUGCCCUCUGCUUCAAACUUGUCAGCCCGCAGGCGUGCAGCUGUGGGCAGUCUGGGCCAUACAUCUGGUCUGCACUCAAAACACUUCACACUACAGCAGCAUGCUGGAGAAGGAAGGCCUGACUGAACUUCUGAAAGCUUUGGCUGCACAUCCCAGCACACACAGUGACAUUAAAGGACUAUCAGACAGCAUCUUGAGCAUGGUUGAGCAACAUCAGAUUCAUGCGGGAGCGUUCAACAAUCAGACGGCACCUCAAAGCUCUUGACAGAAGUGUUAAAAAAAGAAGCAUUGUACUUGAUUUGCUAUCUUUGAGCUAUAUCUGAAAUAUGCUAGAUAUAUAGUUGCAGAGAAAGCAGAUGCAGUAUCAAGGUGCAGACACUUAAUGCUAAUCCUCUGGAAACAUAUUUAAUAGAAUAAACCACAUAAUGCAUAAUAUUUAUUUCAUAUGGACAGUGUAUUUGCUUGAUGUAAAAAGUUAUUUGUGUUAUCUAUUUUUUAAACUGUUUACUUACUUUGAAACCAGAGUUGUUGUUUACAGAGCGAAUGUUCUACUUUGACAUGUGCACUGUUUUUAGUCUACAUUGAUAAU